GUCUAACGCGACUUCGUGUUCCACCUUCGCAUCCAACCGCCCCUCAGCUUCUUUCUUCCCUCUUCUUCCGUUUUCUGUCAUCAUGGCCCGCUCUGCUGUUGCUCUGGUCGGUCUCGUGGCCUUUUUCGCCCUCCUCCUCGCGGCAGUGCCGGGUCGAGCCGACAGCAUUAUGGUGAAUGUGCACACAGCCAACUGGCUGAACGCCUGGAUUGCUGCCAUCCCAAAUUUGAAGAUAAUUUGGUUAAACCCGAACAUCUGCGCCCGCUCCGGCAUUGAGUGCAACGCUGAAACGAACACACUCAGCAUCCACCUGGACAGCGUGACGUCGGCCGGCUUUAAUUUCAUUGGCACACUGCCGGAGGUGGCAGACGCCAUCAACGGCAACCUUGUCCAGGUGACAAGUGUGUCGGUGAAGGGCAAGCCGCGCAUCACGGGAACCAUUCCCGCCUCGUGGUCGCGGCUCUCGAAACUGACAUUGCUGGACCUGAGCCAGACGAAGCUCAGUGGUCAGAUCCCGGACGCCCUCGGCAGUCUUGCGAACCUGGUCACGGCGGACUUCUCCAAUUCGUACUUCUGCUACGGGAUGCCGAACUGGAACGCGACUGGCAUGCCCAGCCUCACGUCUGCCUUGUUCAAGAACAAUAACAUGCGCGGCACCUUCGCCUCGUCCUGGUCCACCUUCUCCUCCUCUCUGUCCCUCGACAUCAGCGGCAACAAGCUAUGCGGCUGCAUGCCGCCUUCGUGGACCUCGUCGAACCUCGUCUCAGCGGCCAAAGCGAUGAACCCCGCCUCGGUGAGCGGCUGCACGCAAGUGUGCACGGCGGACUCUCUUAACUACUGCCCGUUGCCUAACAUCAAACCCAGCGCGGCCGCUGCGCAGGCAGCGACCUUGUCUGCCGUGUUUGUUGCCCUCGCCGCCACCAUCGUGUCGUUCGUUUAA